UUUUCACAAAAUAUUCAUAAUCAACAAUAUAAUUAUUUUCAAAGUAUAGAAUUUUCAAAAAACAUGAACAUUGAAUUAAAAAAAAAAAGUCCAAUAAUAAUUUUACCACCACCUCGACAAACUAAUCAAUCUUAUAGAGGAAAACUUCCUCGUGGAAUUACUUUUUGUAAUAAUAAUGAACUUCUUGCAGUUUUUGAUGCAUGUGUCUCCACAGGUGAUUUAAAUAGGGCUUAUAUCUUAAUGAAUAGUCUUUCACAUGGAGCAGAAUCGUCUUUUAUUAUUCAAGUUCACAAUCAGUAUUUACAAGCUUUAAUAGAUGAAAUUAAAAAAACGGGAGACUUUGAAAGUGCUAAUAAAUGCUUUCAUAAUUUAGAACAAAAAUAUAAUAUUCUUGGUAACGAAACAACAUUUGCACUUAUACUGAAAGCAGCGUUAUACAUCAAAGAACCAGAAGAAUCUAAAAUUGCAAUCAAUGGAUUUAAUAAAUUAUGGCGUUUAAAAAAAAAAGAAAAUAUAGGAAAAAUUUUUAAUGAAAAUUCUAUUUUAACUAAUGAAGAAAUAUUGAAGCUUUUUAAGAUUAUGGAUAUUAAUUUCUCUGAACUUAAACAGGAAUAUCGUCAUAUACUAAAACCAAUAGCAAACAUCGAAAAAGAGAAAAAUUCAAGAACAUUAUGUUUAUCACAUCCUCUUGAAAAUAUUCCUGAAUUACUCCCUACUAAUAUUUUUGGUCCAGGAUUACAACUCCUUAAGAAAUCUUUAAGACCUUUAACAGAUCCCAAUAUAGAAAUAGAUUAUAAUAUUAAAGAUUUUCCGAAGGAGUAUCAUUCUGUUGCUUUCAAUAUGGCUCGUCAAAAGUUAUUAGAAGAUAAUGCAUUAGAUAUAGCUUUAGAAAGAUGGAAAUGGGAUCAUGAACAAUUAGCUCAAAAAGGUGGUCUUAGAUUCAGCAAAAGCCUUAAUUCUAUACUUUUUGAAUGGCAUUCUCUUAUGAUACCCUUAAUAAAAGAAGAAAUUGAACGUUGUAAAAAUGCAAUUAAUGGUCUUAUAGAUAAAAAAAUAAUCAACAAUGUCAACAAUGAUAGAUUGUCAUAUGGUGUUUUUAUUCAACUCCUUGCUCCUGAAAAGUUAAGUACAAUAACAAUUCUAGAAGUCCUUAGACUUCAUUCUACUGGUGGAAUUGCUCAAGGAAUGAGAACAGCAAGAGCAAUUCUCAGUGUAGGGAAAUCUAUAGAAAAAGAAUAUGCAUCAGAAGUUCUCAAAAAAAAUAAAAACUUUCUUGGAAAAAACGUUAAUCUUUCUCAAAUUUUUGGCAAUCCUAGACAAUUUCAAACUAUGUUACAAAAAACACAAAAUAAUAUCAAUUUUGAAAUAAAUCCAAAAUGGCCUACAGUAGUCAAAGCAAAGAUUGGUUCUAUAUUAAUUUCUAUACUCAUACAUGUUGCAAAAAUUGAUAUAACUACCGAAACAGAAAAAGGAGACACAAUUUCGCAAAAAGCUCCAGCAUUUUAUCAUACUUAUCAAUAUCAAAAAGGAAGAAAACUUGGUGUAAUUAAAUUAAACGAUCAAGUUAUGAAACAACUUGGAUCACAACCAUUACGUGGGAAUAUUCAUCCUAGAUUAUUACCUAUGCUAGUUGAGCCAAAACCAUGGAUUUCUUGGGACUCAGGUGGAUAUUAUUUAAGUAAAUCUACUGUAAUGAGAUCCCGCGACUCAAUAGAACAAAUACAAUAUUUAAAAAUAGCAUCAGAAAGAAAUAACUUAAAAUCAAUAUUCGAAGGUUUAGAUGUUCUUGGUUCUACUGCAUGGGCUAUAAACAUACCUGUAUUCAAUGUAGUUAUAGAAGUAUGGAAUUCUGGGCUAGAAUUUGCAGGAAUACCACCUGCAGAAUCAAAUAUUGCCUUUCCACCACGGCCUACAAGCAAAGAUCCUGCUGACAAAAUAUCAUGGCAAAUUCAAUGUAGACAAAUUGCCAGAGAUGCCCAAAACAAACAAUCAAUAAGAUGUGAUAUCAAUUAUAAACUAGAGAUAGCAAGAGCCUUUCUUCAUGAAAAAAUGUAUUUUCCCCAUAAUCUAGAUUUUCGAGGGAGAGCUUACCCUAUACCCCCACACUUUAACCAUCUUGGCAAUGAUCUUUGCAGAGGAUUACUAACAUUUCAUGAAGCAAAGGAAAUAGGAGAAUCAGGUUUAAGAUGGCUUAAAAUCCAUUUAGCCAAUAUCUGCGGAUUCGACAAAGAAAGUUUUUUAGAAAGAGAGGCAUUUACAGUUGAAAAUCUAAAAAAUAUCUUUGAUUCUGCUGAUAAUCCAUUAAAGGGUUCUGGAUGGUGGCUAAAAUUUGAUGAUCCAUGGCAAACUUUAGCUGCUUGUUUCGAACUUACAGCAGCUCUUCGUUUUCCAGAUCCGCACAAGUUCAAAUCACGUCUUCCAAUCCAUCAAGAUGGAACAUGUAAUGGGUUGCAACACUAUGCAGCAUUGGGGGGAGACAUUUUAGGUGCACGGCAAGUAAAUCUCGAACCUAGCAAUCGACCGUAUGAUGUAUAUACUAGAGUAGCAGAAUUAGUAAAUGAACAAGUACAAAAAGAUGCAAAAGAAGGAAAUCAUUUGGCAGUUCUCUUAAAAGAUAAAAUUGCACGUAAAAUUGUUAAACAAACUGUUAUGACAAAUGUUUAUGGAGUUACAUACGUUGGGGCUCGUAAUCAAAUUCUUAAUCAAUUAAAAAACUUAAAUAGUCUUCCAAGAGAAAUGUUAUUUAGUCUUGCUUCCUAUUUAGCAAAGAUUGUAUUUUUUUCUCUCAAAUCAAUGUUUACAGGAGCACAUAAAAUACAAGAAUGGCUUAAUGAAGCAGCUAAAAGGAUAUCUAAAUCAAUAGAUACAUCUUCGUAUAACGGUUUAAAUCAUAUGACAAGUGUAAUUUGGACAUCUCCUCUUAAUUUGCCUAUUGUUCAACCAUAUCGGAAAUCAUCUCGAAAACAAAUUAAAACCAAUCUUCAGUCUAUUUUCAUUACAGAUCCUAAUGACGUAAGUCCCGUUGAUACUCGAAAACAACAAACAGCAUUUCCUCCAAAUUUUAUUCAUUCACUUGAUGCAACUCAUAUGUUAAUGUCUGCUAUCUCAUGUAAAAAUGCAGGUCUUACUUUUGCAUCUGUUCAUGAUUCUUAUUGGACUCAUGCGGCAGACGUUGACAAUAUGAACGUAAUUCUAAGAGAAACAUUUGUUAAACUUCAUGAAGAGAAUAUUAUGGAAAACUUAUUAAAUGAAUUUCGAGAAAGAUAUAAAGGCUAUAAAACAUUAAUUAGUAUCUCAAAGGAUAGUAAAGAAAUGGAAGAAAUUUCCUCUACGAGAAAACAUGUAUCACAAAGUAUUAAAUCAGAAUCUUUAAACAACAAUCGUAAGUCUGAAACAUAUAAAAGUUUAUUAAAAGAUACUGUUAAAACAAACAAUAAAGAAAAUACAACUAAUCCAUCAAAUCAAGUAACAGAAAAAAUAAAUUCUUUAAAUGCAGAAAAUACAAUAGAAACAGAUAUUAAAAACAAAACAAAAAAAAAAGAAUCAGUCCAUGUAUGGGUAGAUCUAGAAUUCCCCCCAUUACCGAAAAAGGGUGAUUUCGAUGUUAGAAAUUUGAGAAAUAGUAAAUAUUUUUUCUCUUAAC